AAGACUUUACUCUUUAUUAUUCUCUCUCUAUUCCCUCUUUGGCUUCAGCAAAAAAAGAGUGGGAGACUCCAGAUGAUGGUGAGAGAUUUGUGCCAGAAAAUACAAUUGUGGUGAAAUCAUACAGUCCAUCGAUGUGGAAAGUGGAAGAGAAUUUUUCAGCAUCUUUCAAGAAGGAAAACAUGUCCCCUGUUGUAGGCAAGGAAGAGGAUGUUGAUGGGUUGAAAAUGGAGAGUGAGGGGAAACCAUGUGGGUUAUUAUCUGAAAAAGCUGAGUAUGAAGCACCGAAGGGGAACUUGUGGGAUCUAGAUGCAUCAAGAAAGCAAGAAGGAGAGCAUACAAAGGAGAGAAGGGAUGCACUCAUUCCUCAUCUCACUAGGGACUCCCUUGAAAAUCCAGUACAAAAAGAACAUAAGAUUAAUACCGGGGAGAGACUGCAUACAUGUCCAGUGUGUGGAAAAGGCUUCAACCACAGCAAAAGCCUUACUUCACACCAAAGGAUCCACACAGGAGAGAAACCAUAUAUCUGCUCUGAUUGUGGGAAAGGCUUCUAUGAUCAGUCUAGCCUUACUAAGCACAACAGGAUACACACAGAGGAGAAACCAUAUCAGUGUUCUGUGUGUGAAAAGACCUUUAGACAGAAGGUCCACCUGAUAACACAUCAAAGAAUUCAUACAGGGGAGACACCAUAUAAAUGCUUGGAGUGUGGCAAGACUUUCAUUCAUGCCACAAGCCUUGUUUCACAUCAAAGAAUUCACACAGGAGAGAAACCAUAUCAGUGCUUGGUGUGUGGGAAAAGUUUCACUUACAAGGCAAGCCUUCGUUCCCAUCAAAGCAUUCACACGAGAGAGAAGCUAUACAAAUGCUCAGACUGUAACAAGUGCUAUUUAAUUCAAUCAAGUCUUAUUAAGCAUAAGAGAAUUCACAGAGGAGAGAAACCAUAUAAAUGUUUGGAGUGUGGAAAGACCUUCAUUCACAACACUAGUCUGACUUCUCAUCAAAGAAUCCACACGGGGGAGAAACCAUAUAAAUGCUCAGUCUGUGGAAAGAGCUUCACUUACAGAGCAAGCCUUUGUGCACACCAACAAAUUCACACAGGAGAGAGGCCAUACAAAUGCACAAAUUGCAGCAAGACUUUUAGUGAUAAAUCAAGCCUUAGUAAACAUGAAAUAAUCCAUACUAAAGGGAGGCCCCAUAAGUGUCUGGAAUGUGGAAAGAGCUUCAGUGUGCUCAAAAGCCUUGUUUCACACCAAAGAAUUCAUACAGGAGAGAAACCUCACAAAUGCUCAGAGUGUGGA